AUGGCACAACAACGCAGAUAUAAACUUGAACAACCGCGUGAUUUUUCUAAUACUUCACUCUAUUUUACUGAUUUGACUACUACACCAAAAACUCAUCAUUUACAUGGAAAUAAUUAUGAGCAAUUGAAUGCUGAUUCGACGUUUCGUCCGAUUGUCAUUGAUUUAAAAGCUGCACGAGGAAGACGACAUUCAUACGAAAUAGCACUACAACAACAACAAUCCUUAAUUAUUCCGCAUAAUAAUCAACCGCACGUAAAUGAAGAUCAUUACUUUACAGCAUUUAAUGAAUAUUCUACUAAUAAAAUGAUAAUAAAAGAGAAAAAUAGGCGACUAGAAAACAAACGUCAACAUCGAUCAUCAAAAUAUAGCCGUUCUGAUCCGUCCUACCAAAUAUCAUCAGACGGCGUUUGUUGCUGUUCUACUGGUGUCGGUUCCAAUAUGUUAAAUUCAGAUGAAGAUGGCUGCUGCGAAUGUGAAGCCUGUUGUAAUAGCGAUAGUUGCGACUGCUGUGAAUGUGAUUGCGAUUGCUGUGACUGCAAUGGAUGUGAUGGCGACUGUUGUGACUGCAGUGGAUGUGAUUGUGGUGGUGGUGAUUUUGGUGGUUGCGACUGCUGUUUGGCUGUUCUUGCAUGUUGCCUUUUGGGUUGUUGUAUGGGUGGUGAAUAA